CAUGUUUGCUAGAAACGUAUUGUCUAUGAAUCUUCGAUUUUAGGUCUUCGUUCAGGUUUCUUGGCGCUUUCUUCAUUCCGGCAUCUCUAACUGGUACCAUUUGGGACUCGACGAAGAAAGUGAUCCCGAUAAUCCGUGUGUCGCUCCGGCUUGGCUAUGUCCCAUUGGUGGCUAUCCGGCAUCAUUUUAUUAUGGUGAAGUUAUGACGGAAAAUUUGAAAGAAGAAAAGACAGGUGAUUACGAAGAAGGCGAUAUAAGACCAGAUGAAGUGGGAGCUGUGGCUGAUUUCAUAGAUCAAUUUGACGAGAGCGACGAAGAUUUCAGAAGUGAGGAAGACAGUGCCGACUUGGAUGCGGAUGAAUGGGAGAAUGACGAGGAGUUAAAUGGCGAAGAAGGUUUGAGUCCGGCUGAAUCGUCUGAUGAAGACGAGGAAAAAGGAGGAAAGAAAAAACGAAAGGGAAAAGAUAGAAAACAUCGGAAGCAUAGAGGGAAGAAGGGCAGAAAGGACAAAAAAAGAACGAAAGGUGGCAAGAAAGAACGCGGUCGUAAAGCUACGAAAACUGGAAAGAAAGGUGCACGUGGAAAAAGAGCUGGGACACGUGUGAAAAGACGCGGGGGCAUGAGUAAAGGCAGAGGAAUGGCUAAGGGUAGAAAGAGAGGUUUCACAGGAAAGAAGGGAUUCACCGCAAAAGGCAGAAAAGGCUUUGGAGGUAGAAACGUGUUCGGAAAGCGGGGAAUGGGAGCUUUCGGAUUGUUGGGUAGAGGCGGUAAAGGCUUUGGAAGAAUGGGCAAAGGUGCUGGUUUAUUUGGUAGACGAGGGGUAGGAAUGACUAGGCUCGGUGGCCGACUUGGGGGAUUAGGCGGCAUGGGUAUGCGCGGCUUAGGACGUGGUCUUGGCGGAUUUGGUAGAAUGGGCGGAUUUGGUAGAAUGGGUGGAUUUGGAGCACUGAAAAGAGGCUUCGGCAACAUAGGUGGCAUUGGAAGAAUGGGCGCAGUGCGAGGUUUUGGCGGGAUGGGAGGUUUUGGUAGGAUGGCUGGCAUGAAUGCAAUGAGAGGCUUUGGAGGCAUGGGAAGAAUGGGAGGAGUGGCGCGAAUGGCCCCAAUGAUGGGAAGAGGUUUCCGAUAA